AUGGGAUUUGGGAAAACCCUCUGCAGUUUAUAAAAAGGACAAUGGAUCCCACUAGUUCUUCACUUUUCACUUUCACUUCACGGCCUCUUGACUCCUCACCUCCCCAUCUUCUCACCUCUCGCUAAUUACAUUCACGAUGGCCUUCGCACCAAAAGCCUGCAGUCUUUUCCUGGUGGUUUUGCUGGGAGUUUGUAUACAGCUCAACGGAGCUCAACACGUUCCAGGUGCCAGAUGCAAAUGCCCAGGAACCAUUAUGCACACUCAGGAAAUCAUUGGUGACUUUGAAAUCAUCGAAAAUACCCACUACUGUGACACUACUGAAAUCAUUGUUACACUGGCAGAAGAUGGAGCCAAAAGGUGCCUGAACCCUGUUGGAAGAAAGGCCAUGUUUUUCGUCAACUGCUGGAACAGAAUAAACAAGGACAACACGCAAAAGAAGAGGUGUCUUAAGAGAAAAGCAGAGUGAAUGUAACGGAGGAGGGGAGAAGGGGCAUGGAAAACCCAACAGCUGGAUUUUCCCUGAAGUCAUGUGACCAAUCACACACAAGAAGAAUGUUGGGGGCUGACACUGCACUUUAGAGAGAGAGAGAGAGAGAGAGAGAGAAAGAGAGAGAGAAAGAGAGAAAGAAAGAAAGAAUGAGAGAGAGAGAGAGAGCGAGAGAGAGAGAGAGAGAGAAAGAGAGAAAGAAAGGAAGAAAGGAAGAAUGAGAGAGAGAGCGAGAGAGAGAGAGGGAGAAAGAGAGAAAGAAAGAAAGAAAGAAAGAAAGAGAGAGAGAGAGGGAGAGGGAGAAAGAGAGAAAGAAAGAAAGAAAGAAAGAAAGAAAGAAAGAAAGGAAGGAAGAAUGAGAGAGAGAGAGGAGGGACUUUCAGUUUCCUUUGUGAUUAUGGGUUACAGCACUGUAUACAACUACAAGUAUACAAGACUAAUUGUGAGACAUUUAAAUAUAUAUGUAAAACUCUUUAUUUAUUUUUCUAUUUGAUAUUUAAAUAAGUGUAUAUUAAUGAACAGAUAAAUAUGAUUUUGAUCCAACUGAAUUAAAAAGAUUUUUGACACAC